AUGCUUCUGGGCAACGUGGUCCAGGAACGCCUGGCCGCCCGUCUGCCGCCGUCUCGUGCAGAACGGGCUUUGGAGGAGAUCGCCCACGGCCAAGCCCUGUGGAAGAAGUUCAAGGAGCAAGCAGAGGCAGACGAGAAGAGCAAGGAGCUUCGGGGCCCGAAUGGCGUGGCGCAGCGAAAGGAUGGGCUGGAUAUGUCCUUCCAUCAGCUUUUGGGCGAUGCUUCUCGCAUGCGCUCCCAGCUGAAUGAGAUCGGUCUUCAGCUCGGCCAGGAUGGGCGCGGUCGCGCCCUCGACCAUCUUCGAGACAGCCGGGCCGUCCCUCGCGAGCUGCAGGAGCAGUACGGAGAGCAGCAGAAGGUGCUGGUGGAGCAAAAGCGGCUUCUGGAACAACUUAGGCACGAACGCGAGAUUGCUGCUGGCGACCAGUACUGGCUCCAUCGAAAGAACCGUCUUGAUCACCACGACAACAUCGUUGGAAAGCCAGGAGUCGAUCCAGCGGUGCCACCGGAUGAGCUAUUUGAGGCCCAUCAGAAGAUACGAAGCGAUCCGGAAGCUGAGCGGAUCUAUCCCUGGAGUGACCCUCAGCCGGCGGCUGCCCCACAGGAUGCCCAUGUCUAUGCAGAGAUUCUCCGCGUGUCUCGCAGACAGCAGCCGGGAACUGUGGCCGAGCUCUGCAUCAUUGACAGGGCCGGUGUGACGCUGGCGCGAUGCACGGCCGAUUUCCCGGACCAAGUCGGAGAGCGCUGCUUCAUGGAGGUGUCAAUUCCUGCCAUCUCUGCUGGCAGUGCUGCGGCAUCAGUCUCAUUGCUGGGUGCAAGUUUGCAAAACAGCAUCGAGGUGCCACUCGCAAAGUUAAAGGAGUCUCGGGGGCAACCGCAGGAUUACACCAUGGAAGGUGAGAAGCCACUGAUCGUCAACAUGGAUCUGAGCUGCGUGAAGCCACAGGAUUUGCGUGGAAACAGACUGCAAUCUGCACGAGUGGUGGAAAAUGCUGCCGGCAUCUGCCCGGUUUCAGAUCUGCCCGGUGCAUAUCCCGAGCUUGCACCGUCAGAUGCGCACCGACGUGCGCAGAAGGCUGCGUGGGAGCAGCAAGGAUGCCCAGAUUACAUCCACGACGUGGACCUGUCCUACAACUUGGCGCAUGAAAUCGAGCGGCGAGCCAAUGCGGUGGCCAUGCGCAAGAAGGCACCUGUGCCAGCCAUCGCCGCGGCGGGAAGGGACAACGUCGCCGCGGCUUCGCCGACUUCCGGCCCUCGGCAGCCGCCCACGCCGAGGCAGGAGAGGCCGCAAGGUGGCUUCUUCUCGGGCUGGGAGGAGCCGAACCCUGAAGACCAUGCUAGCGAGCGCUCUCGGGCGAGCUCCGCCAGAUACUCGGCUUCCCGGGGUUUCGAUGAGAGGGGCCCAGGCCCAGCCCCACGCGCGGCAGAGCCUGCAGAGGAGAGGGAGGCGAGCCUGACACCUCGUGGUCACCGUGGAGCCACAGCUUCUUCUGGUCACCGCUGGACCUCGGACGAUGCAUCCGCCUACGCACAUCGGCCACAAACGAAAGCAGCUCGAAGCCAGUCGCAGCCGGCCACAAAGCAGAAGAAAAAGACUCAGAUGCCAAGGCCUUACUUCGAGGCGGAGGAAGUUGGCUUCGCACGCCAAGAGCCUCAACAGUCUGACUGGCUUCCAUACUAUGAGGCAGAGGAGAUUGGCCACUCCCCACGUGCCCGGCGCGAGCAAGCCAGCGAAGAGUCCUGGCAGUCGGGCUGGGUGCCAUACUCUGAGGCAGCGGAGGUUGGCAACACGCCACGUGAUCGUCGAGAGAAAGCCAACGAAGAGUCCCAAGAGUCUGGUUGGGUCCUGCCCAGCCUUCCUUUUGCAGCUUUUGCUGGAUUUGCAUCUGCAGCUGCCUGGUCGUCGUCAUCCCCUGGUGAUGCGACGACUGAAGAAGACCUACCUUCCAGCGAGGCAGCAGUUGCGGCUGAUGCGCCACAGGAAGGCCUGAGCCUCAGCUUCGCCAGCUUCACCCUGCCCUUCGCCGCCUUCGCCGGUUAUGGCCCUGUUGAGCUGUGA